AGAUAAAAAUAAUGUUUGGGAUUAUUUUGAAUAUUGUGUUGUGCUUUUCUGUCACAGGGGCAGUUAAAAUUCUGAUCAUAUAUCCAAUUCCCAGUUUGAGUCAUCAUCGCCCAGUGAUGGCCUUGACAGAGAAUUUAGUUCGAAGAGGUCAUGAAGUAUUUUUGAUUAGCCCAUUACAAAUUUCGAGCCUUGAGCAACAUGGAAACUACACUUUUGUUGACGUUGCAGUGCCAGAUGAAACCUUCUCAGAUAAUAGACAAAACGAUACUGUAAACUUUCAACGCCCAAGAUCGGCGUGGCAAAUGCUGGAGAUCUUUGCACAGUUAGCUGAGCUACCUAGAAAGCAAUUUCUAACUGAUUCAUUCUUAAAUUUCAAAAAGAAAGUACAUUCAGAGAAACUCAAGUUCGAUGUGGCUAUCAUAGAAUCAUUGCUCAUCCCCUCCAGCUGCGCAAUGAUUCGACUUCUCGGGGGUGCAAUUCCAAUCAUCAGUUUAUCGUCAUUCCCUGCUGAGCCAACAGGCACCGAAAAUUACAUGGGCAGCUUCAGCCAUCCAUCUUUCAUCCCUUAUAUUCGUGGUGAAUACACUGAUAGAAUGAACCUUUGGGAAAAAAUUUACAACUGGAUUUUGAGCAGAUAUUUCGCUUCUGUACAACAAAGCCUAUUGGAGAAUGCUGCUAGACGGUUUUUCAAGGAAACUUUCGGACCAGAGAAAGAAUCGCUAGUUGAUGGCUGCUGGACGAAUAUCAGUUUGAUAUUAAUGGCGACGAAUUCAAUGUAUUUCUAUCCAAGACCUCUUGGUCCAAAUGUAAUUGAGGUUGGUCCUCUACAUAUGAGACCUCCUGGGGCCUUGCCGAAGGCUUUACAAAACUGGCUAGAAGGUGCAGAUAAAGGUGUGAUCUAUUUUAAUCUAGGGUGCAAUUUCAAAAGUACAUCUUUGACCGAGGAUGCGAGGAACAAUAUAUUAAAAUACUUCAAAGAGUUGCCACAAGGAUAUCGAGUACUUUGGAAGUGGGAGGCGGAUGGACCAAUGCCCGGUCUAGGUGACAACAUCCUGACACAAAAAUGGUUUCCUCAGCAAAGUAUUUUAGGGCAUCCAAACGUAAAAGUUUUCAUCACGCAAGGAGGAUUGCAGAGUUUUCAAGAGGCUGUUCACCAUGCGGUUCCUAUGGUUGGAAUCCCUUUAUUUUCGGAUCAAAGGUGCAACGUCGCCAAAAUAGUGGAUGCUAAGAUUGGGAUCCGUUUGCCACCUGAAGAGCUACACUCAUUCGAAAAAAUUAAAUCAGCUAUUGACAAGGUGCUGUAUGACAAAAACUACGAAGAGAAUAUUAAGAAACAUUCGGCCAUAGCCCGGGAUUUCACUUCUCAAUCCAUGGACAAAGCCAUGUUCUGGGUAGAACACGUAGCUCGCCAUGCAGGGGCAUCGCACCUGAGGCCAGCUACCGCCGAAGCAAAUAUUUUCCAGUUCCUCUGCCUUGAUAUUAUAUCUGUGAUCCUAGGUUUAAUUUCAAUCCUCUCAUUUUCCAUAUAUGUUCUCUGUAAAUACCUGGUAAGCAUCGUCUUCGUUAGAGUAUCGUUGAAAACCAAGGAACACUAACCAUUCCGGGUCACAAAUGAUCAGUGUCCUAUACUAGCCGUAAGUGGGCCCUAGGCAAGGUUCCUUCAUCUGUUUUUUUAUUAAAAAUUAUGAAUGAAAAAUGAUUUACAGAAAGUUUCUUUGGAAAUAAAUUCGUAAAGAAGAUAUGAAUAAUUGCGAUUAAAAUGAGUUAAAUGGCAAAAACACGAAUAAUGACAUUUGUGUUCUACUUUUAGGGCAAUGGAUGAAUUCAGCGAGGUACAAUAAAGGAGGAGUGGUAGCCAA